GGGGUAGAGUCUAAGGCAACCCUUCUAGCACUUGAUUAGGCACUUAAUCUGACUAUCCCAUCUUUUUGAAUUCAAACUUCACAUCCUUUUUCAACGCUACAAAGCCACUUCCCUCACCCUGCAAAUAAAUUCAGAUUUGGUCUCCUCGCUCAGCUUUUACCACUACCAUUUAUGCAUCGCUGAUUUCGGUUCAUCUUUAUAUUGACCCACUCUCCCACCUCCCACCUCUCAUCUCCCCUUUCCUCGUAACCAACUUCGCAUUAACGCCCAAAUCAGAGAGGGAGUGAAGAUGGAACUCAAAUGGGGUAUGUUUACCCCUUACCUUCCCUACUUCGUCUCCGUGUUAGCUCUUAUUCUCCUCAUUGAGCAAAUCUCUUACCUCAAGAAGAAACGAUUCUUGCCAGGCCCAACGCUUGUUUUCCCCUUCAUAGGCAACGCCAUUCCCUUGGUCACAAACCCCACCAAUUUCUGGGACCUCCAGUCCUCCUACGCCAAGUCCACCCCUUUAGGUAUCUCCGCCAAUUACAUCAUCGGCCGCUACAUCCUCUACAUUUACUCCACCGACCUCUCCCACAAAGUCUUCGCCAACGUCCGCCCCGACGCCUUCCACCUCGUCGGCCACCCUUUCGGCAAGAAGCUCUUCGGCGAACACAACUUAAUCUACAUGUUUGGGCAGCAACAUAAAGACUUGCGUCGUCAGAUUGCCCCCAAUUUCACCCCCAGAGCACUCCAAACUUACACCGAUAUCCAACAGCGGAUUAUUCUCAAACACCUCGAGUCCUGGUGCAAUAAAUCAAAAGGCCAGUCAAUCCCACUUCGCAUCCUCUGCCGCGACAUGAAUUUGGAAACCUCACAAACGGUUUUUGUGGGCCCUUACUUAAAUGAGGAGUCCCGUAAAAGGUUUAAUGUAGAUUACAAUUUCUUCAACGUCGGCUUGAUGAAGCUCCCCAUUGAUUUACCGGGGUUUGCCUUCAGAAACGCGAGGUUGGCUGUGGAGAGACUCGUUGAGACGCUUGCCGGUUGUGCGGAGGAGAGCGAGAAGAAGAUGAAAUCCGGAGAAGAACCAACGUGCCUGAUUGACUUCUGGAUGCAAGAAAACUUGAGGGACCUAUCGGAAAAGCCGUUGGAAUAUAGCUACAAAGAAAUCGGUGGCCAUUUGUUUGACUUUUUGUUCGCCGCACAGGACGCCUCAACUUCUUCUUUACUGUGGGCAGUGGCUUAUUUGGGCUCUCAUCCACAUGUACUGGAGAAGGUGAGAAAAGAGGUGGCCAAGUACUGGAUGCCGGAAGACAACUCCAUUAUCAGAAGCGAGCAGCUGAGGGAGAUGAAGUACACAGAGGCGGUGGCGCGUGAGGUUGUGAGGAUCAGAGCUCCGGCAACUAUGGUUCCACACAUUGCCGGGGUGGAUUUCGAGUUGACAGAGAAUUAUGUGAUUCCAAAGGGCACAAUCGUCUUUCCAUCUGUUUUUGACUCGUCUUUUCAGGGGUUUACGGACCCGGAGGCGUUCGACCCGGAUCGGUUCACGGAGGAGAGGCAGGAGGACCGGGUCUAUAAAAAGAACUUUUUAGCUUUUGGGGCUGGGGCCCACCAGUGCGUGGGCCAGAGGUACGCUAUUAAUCACCUGAUGUUGUUCAUUGCCAUGUUUACCACGUUGGUGGAUUUCGAGCGGGACAGAACCGACGGCUGCGAUGAAAUCGCUUAUGUCCCGACGAUUGUUCCAAAGGACGACUGCAGGGUAUUUCUGUCACGGAGAUGUGCCCAAUUUCGGUGUGCCUCGUGAUCGAAAUGCGCUUUGUAUCUGAUUGUUUUGUUGGAGAUGGAUGUUGCGUUGCUGGGGGUGGUUAGUGUCAACGACCAAAAAGAAUAUUAAGUGUACAAUUGUCUUGAGAGAGAAAAACAGAAAACAAAAGGAAUUGAUUGGGUGGCAAAUAUUUGGGGGUGUUGUGUGGGAGGAAUUAUUGUUGUAAAAAAGAAAACAAUUAAAAUUAGUGUUUAAAACUUUGGCUGUUUUUGAUUCAUUAUUCAAAGAAAUAAAAUUAUGAUGGUUGUGGAUUUGUUUA